GCGGCCGUCUUUGCAGAUAGCGCCGGUCAGCAGAUAGCCUUUGCUGUGGGGCGGCAGCUGGCAGUGCGACAUGUCGAGAACAACGAGACGAACUUCCUGGGAACGGGCUCGAGGAUCGACAUGAUCACAGCCUGUGCCGUGUCGAACGACCGUAGUCUGAUGGUGGUCGCGGAGAAGUGCAGCAACGAAGCGAGGCUUUCGAUCUAUGACUUGAAGUCCAGCAGCACGAGCCCGAUGAAGACAAUGAAGCCCCUGAGCGGUGCGCUAGGAUCCACCCGCUUCGUGGCAGUCGCCUUCUCGGUGGUGUCACAGGAGGGAGGCCCGCCGCGGUACCUAUGUGCGGUCACAGCCGGUUCAGAGCCAACCUUGGUUCUGAUGAACUGGGAGUCAGAGAAGAUCCUGGCCAAGUGCAAGCUCCCUGGAACCGUGGAUCGUGUAGCUUUCCCCUUCCAGCACGACCGCACGGAUGUCACAGUGUCAGGGCCGCACAUGCUUCGGCUACUGCAGAUUCGGCAUGCCAAAGGCGAGGUGACCUUGAAGACGAUGCCAGCGUUUUCUGGACUUCAAGAGAAGGCGCAGGCCAUCCUGGAUCACACUUGGCUAGAAGCGGGUCGAGGACUCCUGGGACUUUGUGCGCACGAAGGUCCUGUCCACAUCCUCAGUGCUGAUGAGCUGAUUGUUCUGCGGACGAUCGAAUCCGCUUUUGGGGUCGAGGGCGACCUCGAAGAGGUGCUUCCCCUCUGUAUCCGCUCCUUCACCCACGGCUUCCUCCUUGGGGGCUCCCACGGCUACCUCGCCGUCUGGGAAGAGGCGGACGAUGAAGCUUUCGCCAGCGUUGACGAUGGCUCGGAGGGUUCGCGAAGGGCACCGGAGAAUGAAUACAAGCUUGCUGUGGCUGUGAAGAUCAGAGAAGACCCGGACGCUGUGUGCUCCCUCGACAUUACCCCCAGCGAGGAGCACCUGCUGCUGGGUUUCGGCGAUUCCGCAAUGGGUGUUGUGCCGAUGGCUUCGAUAUACGGCAACGAAGAAGAGCAGGUCCCCAUCAACAUCAGCGGGAAUCACUCAGCGGCCAUUACUGGCAUGGACAUGGCGGUACAUCGAUCACUGGUGGUUACCAUCUGCCAUCGUGACAGCAGCAUGCGCGUGUGGAAUUGGGCCACGCGGACCUGCGAGAUCCGCUCCAAGUUUGGCGGGGAUCCUCCGACCGCUGUGGCCAUACAUCCGUUCGGCUACUACUUGGCCAUGGGCUUUGCAGAGAAGCUGCGAUUCUACCAUAUCCUGAUCAAGGACAUCAGGCUGCACAAGGAGAUUAACCUCCGGGGCGUCGGGCUUCUGAAGUUCACCCAUGGGGGUCAUCUUCUGGCCGUCACUCAAGGCAAAUCCAUCUAUGUGUACUCUGUCCGGACGCUGGAGAAACUCGCCACUCUCUCAGGCCACAAUCAGGAAAUCACAUGCCUCAGCUUUGACCCGGAGGACCAUACCUUGUGGAGCACCUCGCAAGAUGGAAAGCUGAUCAAGUGGAAUCUCGCGACCUUCCGCAAUGAGUCCAGUCACGUCGAGACUGGCUCGGAACGCCUGGCAGUGAGCGUCAUUUCACCGGACCAGGCGACCUGCAGCGUCUUCAGAAAUGGAAAGCAGCUGCUUCAAAGGUUCUCGCAGAGCGACUUGGAGUACGAGGUCGAGCUGGAGUCCAACGUGAAAGUCGUCUCUCUUUACCAUCACCACGGCAACUCCAUGUUCCUGGCGGGCACCGCCCGAGGGGGCUUGCAGAUCUACACGUCAUUGCCUUACCAGGGCAAGCCCAAGUUCGUCGAAUUGGCACUUCAUGGCAUGGCGUGCACGGCGAUCUGCGUCUCCGUUGAUGGGCGGACGAUGGUCAGCGCCGGCGCGGACGGCGUGAUCUUCGUGCUGGGAUUGUCCGGGCUUAGCAGCCCAGAGGAGGUGAACAUGCUGCCCACGGCUUUGCACCAAAGCGAUAGCGAUCGCUUCGCACAAGAAGCAGAGGCUGUCUUGGCUUCGAGUCAGCAGAUCCAGAAGCUGGAGCACAAAUGCCAGGCCCUCAUGAUCGAGUUCCGAGAGAUCAAGGAGAAGCAGGAGCGUGAGUUUGCCCAGCAUGAGGAGGCUGUGGAUCAGCUCACCCGGCUCUACCAGCGAAAGCUGGCGCAUGAGUCGGAUAGGCUGCUGACGCUGCGGUUGCAGAUAGACGAUCUGCAGGAACAGAAGCACAAGGAAGAGGAGCAGCACUUGCGCCAGAUGCAUGAGUCUGCUGUGGCAGCCCAAGAAGAGCUCUCUCGCCUGCUCGCCGAGAGAGAUCUGGAAAUCAAGAAGCAUCAGGACCUCCUGGCCUUCGUCCAGCAUCGCUUCGAGGAGAUCCAGGAAUCCGGGGCCGAAAACCAUGAUCGGGAGGUGAUACGUCUCAAGCACCAGGGGUGGUCGGCACUGGAGGAGCAGAAGCAGGUGGAGGAGCAGCUUCGAAAGGAGCAGGAGAAGCUGCAGGGAAGCCUUGAGAAGCAGGAAAAGGAGCGCGAGGUGGUGGAGGAGAAGCAGCAGGAGUCCAACUCGACAUUGCGUUCGCUACACGAACAAGCCGAGGAAUUGAAGCGCACGUUGCAUGGACUCCAUGGCGAGCGCCAGGACAGAGAGGCGACGUUGCAGGAUAAGCUCGUGUCCAUCGAAGGCUACAAGUCGAAGCAGAAGACGCUCAAGAAGUUUAAGCUGCUCUUGGACCAAAGACUCGCUGAGGUGUCGACUUCGCUUCAGCCCAAGGACUCGCUGAUCAAGAAACUCAACGAGGACCUGAACGAUCUGGAAACGGAGUUUGACCGGCAGCUCCUGGAACAGCGGCAUGCUGUUUGGAAGCUGGUCUGCAUGACAUCAGCUUACGCGCACAUUGAUCCGAGCUUCAGUAUUGAUGCUCUAGGUGCAAGUCGUGAGCAGGAGGCUCAAAUUGUCUCACGGCGCCAGAAAGCGGGCAUCCUAGCCCAAGAGACGGAGGAGCUGAAGGCCCAGGUGCGCGAGAAGGAUGCGCAAAUCCGACGCUUUACCAGCGACGUGCACCAUCUCGUCACCGAGGAGCCGGAUGUGUGCUAUAGCUGUCGACUGCGGAGCUUGAGACUUCGCACAAGGUUAGCCGCGUGCUGUUUAAGAGCAAUGGGCCUUAGGGAGGAUCUGUAA